GCGGGGCGGAGCGCGCAAGCCGCGCGGUGUUAGCAGCGGGACUCCGGGUGCAGGCCGAUUCUGUGGACAAUCACCAUGAGAAGCAAAGGAGGAUUCAUCCUGCACCUGCUCGUCCUGGCUGUCCUCUGCCAUUCAGGUCAUAGCCUGACAUGUUACAACUGUGCUGCAAGUGUUGCAUGCAAUAAGACCACCGUUUGUUCGCUUAAUCUUGAUGCGUGUCUUUUGGUCAAAGCCGAGCCAAACCUUUUUUACCACUACUGUUGGAAGUUUGAUGAUUGCAAUUACAACUUCAUCUCCAAAACCUUAGGGCUGAGGAAGCUCAAGUACGGCUGUUGCCAGUGGGAUCUGUGUAACAGGAACGCCGCGGCUCGGGGCACCAGCAGCACAGCUCUGCUGCUGAUCCCCCUGCUGGCCGCAGCCUGGACCCUUUGUCUCUAAAUCAACACCGGGAGGCCUUCUCCUAAACCGUCCAUUUCUGUAUAUUUCUUAUUUCCUUGGCUGCUGCCUUCCACAUUUUUCACCUGGAUCCCGCUGGGCAAGACUAAAACUAGCUCGAGCCGCGUGGUUAAGAGAGAGACUCCAAGAGACUUUGAAGACCAGUCCCGCUGGCAGCGAAGACCCGUUGGAGGGACAAAAUGUAAGGGUGAAACAUGCACGAUCUGAGCUAGGUCACAUGCUUCUUCCUUGGCUUUUUGCAAGAGCAGCCUCGCCGUGACAGCUUGAGUACCUUAGAUUCUCUGCAUGCCCUGGUCAUUUCCCCUCCAAUGGCUGGGAGAUAGUUAUUAAAUACUCUGA